GAAAAUAGCUUAUGCUUCUAACGGGAAAGAUGACAACAGUAAUAAUGACAUUUUUCGGGCCAUGCGCCGCCGAAGGAAACGAAACGUCGACGAGGAUCGGUUACUGCGAGAGAAACGCUUCGCAACGGAGCUGGAAACCCUGGAAACCGAAUACACACGGUGCAAAAAGGAAGCGUACAACGAGCGAGAUUGUGAUAAGAUCUGGGAAAAGCUGAAGAAACUUUCGGAGGAAAUCAAUAAGAAUUUUAUUGAGAUGACCAAUCUCAUACAUGAUUACAAAGAUCACAAGAAAACACAUUUACAGAGCGAAUUGAGCGAUAGUUUUCCGAAAAAUAAAAAGAAAAACAAAAAAGAUAUGUUUUUCGAUUCGGACGAGAGUAAAGAGAAGAAAACUAAGAAAAAAGACAAACCAGAAUUGGUGGUUUUCGAGACGACAACCGAAAACAAAAUGACUACGGCAGUUAGCUCGACAGUGUUCGAAACUUCGUCGAAAAAGUUUUUGGAUCCGCUGAUUCACGAUGAACACAGCAAACCAUGGCAUUUCGAGCACAACAAAAUUGAUGAUGACUCGUGGAGUACUAAACCGCUUGACCAUUCGACGACGACGACCACCACGGCAAUGACGAUAAGCACGAGUUCGACUAUGACUCCACUAGAAACCCAUGACAUCCACAGAGCCCUGAAUCACUCGGUCCCGUAUGAACCGGAAAAGCAUCGUCCCGUUAUCGAUGAGUGUAUUCAAAGUCUAGACGAUUUGUUGGAGUCUGUUGACCUCGAAUCGGGUGUCCGAAAAAUACAACGAAACUGUACAAAACCAUCGACAACCGUGAAACCCACUGUGCCUGUAAGUCCCACUCCGGAAACGACGGUCGACGAUCUACAUCUUCAGUUCGGUAGACCGUCCCAUCCGAUCCAUGAAGAUUUGAGUCAUCGUUCGGGCGAAUCGCAAGACAUUCAUGACUUCAUUAUGAGUCGGGCGAGAAACCGUUAUCAGCACAAUCACGACUACGUGGACAAUCGGUACUCAGCUUCCGUAGAAUCAUCGGCGGAAUUGCGAUUGCCCAAACAGAUAGCACCCGUAGCUGCCAGUGGUCCAUUUCUGAACCUAUGCGAUCAAAUGCGUAACCAGCAGGGACCCGUCAAAACGACCGUCAGUAACCAGCACAAUUUCCAGGCCCAACAAUUCGGUGGUAUCGGUCAAACCGGAUUUCCCGUUUCCGGUGAGACUUCCCACGUGAAGUUCACAUCCGCGUACGGCGGCUACACGCCGAACCAUUUCUGUUUCUAUCAAGUACCGCAGCAGUCGUACGGAUAUCCAAGGCCAAUCUACGGACAUCACCAACCCGGAGGACAAUAUUCCGUUCCUCCUCAUCUAUUCAAUGACCCCAAUAUCGCAACGGUCAUUGUGCCGCGAACUGAUCCGGAAGGUUUCGUCAACAUUCCUGUUCAAAUUCAAGGCUUACCGGGUCGUCGAGAUGCUGGUGAAGCAACGGAACUACAAAAUGUUCGACUGAUUUGCAACGUCGUCGGUCAAGGUUCGGCUCCACGAAUUGUGGACAGUGUAGCUGCGGAACCUGCGAUCACCAGCAAAGUACAAACAACGACUCCGACAGUGGAUGUAAGGACCACCGUCAGGAUCAAGGCUAACCAAACGGACGAUCACGAUUUCGUUCGUGCCCGAGGAUCGCAUCGUCGCCGGCAUUGCAAUCGCGGUUGGAUUUCAUGUGCCAAUGGACAGCAGUGCGUUCGGAAUCAAGAGUGGUGCAACGCCCGGACGGACUGCCUGGACGGAAGUGACGAAAGCCAUUGUUCGUGUGUGACUCGCCUAAAUCCGAUACGAGUCUGUGACGGAUACGCCGAUUGUCCACUCGGUGAGGACGAAAUGGGCUGUUUCGGAUGCGACAGAUUUUCUUUCUCCUGUUUCAACAGUGCGUUUGAGUUCGAAAGUGCCCAUAAAUCAGGUGGCACAUGUUACACGUCAAUUGAAAAAUGUGACGGCUUCGAUAACUGCUUCAACCGGAAGGACGAACAGGACUGUUCGAUGUUGGUGAAAGAUUUGGGUAAAGUAAAGGCCUUCUCGGUGGGUCACACUUCGGGAAUUUUACACCAUAACUACAAAGGAAAAUGGUAUCCGGUUUGUCAGAAUCCUAUCGCCUUGGCGAGGGAUGCGUGCGAAGCGGAAAUCGGUGCCCUCGAUCAGGAACCUCAUAUUUCCCAAAUGGACGGACAUCUGCCGGGUCCGUUCAUUCAGGCGAGUACCAAAAGUCAACACGUAUUCCAACCGCACUUUACCGAAGGUUGUAACGGGGUGUUCAACUUUGUCAAAUGCCCUCAACCGAAGUGUGGAACGUCGAAACUUAGCGAAUUCCCCAGUGCCCGUAUCAAGAUCCGUUCGAAGCGGAACGCCACCGGCGAAAUGGUGGAAAGUGUACGGAUCGUCGGAGGAUCCAAUGCGGAACCGGCGGCUUUCCCGUUCAUUGUGGCCAUCUUCAGGGAUGGAAAGUUCCACUGUGGCGGGAGCAUCUUUAACGAACAUUGGAUAAUCUCGGCAGCCCACUGCUGUGACAAUUUCCACCGGCACUAUUACGAGCUUCGCGCUGGUAUGCUGAGGAAGCGCAGCUUCGCACCCCAAGUGCAAGUCGCCACGGUAACGCACAUCGUAGUGCACAGCGGCUACAGUGCGACAAAGAUGGCGAACGAUAUCGCACUGAUGCGCUCGGAUCGACCGUUUCACUAUAACCGGUGGGUCCGGCCGAUUUGUCUGCCCGCCAGACACCGAACCACAAACGACCGGGACUGGCUUUGGGGACCGAAGGCAGGCACCCUGUGCACGGCGAUUGGUUGGGGUGCCCUGUGGGAACGUGGAAAAGCUCCUGAUCAUUUGAAAUUCGUGUCGGUGCCAAUUUUAGGAUACUGUAAGCACAAAAAUGAUCGCGACGGAAUGUACAUCUGCGCGGGUGAUAGCGAGGGUGGUCACGAUGCGUGUCAAGGGGAUUCGGGAGGACCGUUUGUCUGUCAAAGUCAUUCCAACCCACACGAAUACUACCUCGCCGGAGUGGUUAGUCACGGAGAAGGAUGUGCCCGGCAGAGUGAACCCGGUGUUUACACUAGAGUUGCGCUUUAUUUGGACUGGAUUCAUAAUAAAAUUGAAGAAGGUGGUUCGGAUGUAAGUACAGUGAUGGAAUGUCCGGGUUUUCGCUGUCCUUGGGGGGCGACUAUCUGCUUGCCAGCGGAAAAACGUUGCAACGGUGUGGUAAACUGUCUCGGAGGUGAAGAUGAAGCUAACUGUCCGUUGGAUCACCUUCUCGGAUCGGUGAUGAAUAAAACAAUUAAAAUCGAGAACGCGACCUCAACCAGUACUACAACAACGGUUGCUCCAACGAAACUGUCAACGGUAACUUUCAGCCCGAGCAGUGUUCCAACAUUAAAACCAAAAUAUCACCGGAUACACGGGAAACAUGGACACGGAAUGCACGGUCUGAUUGUCACAGCCACCGAUAGUCCGUCGAUUAUUGUACAACCGGCUGCCACACUAGAAAAUAGUUCUCACACAACGACUACAUUCAGGCCGAUGAAUUUUACUCUGAAAUUUACGACACUUGCGACAGAAACGCCUAGCGAAAUAACAAGUACAACAUCGAAAGACAGUUUCACAACAACGAUAACGGAAAUGACUGCAACAACAACAACAGCAAGCACGCUGAACUCCACAACUACAACACAUACGUUAAGCACCAUUCACACGGAAACUUCAACCGAACCACUGACACUGACUAGUAGUUUGAAACCUCAAACCGCUACCAACUUUCGACUACUGAACGAAUCGAAUGAGACCCAACACAACUCCACUUUGUUCCCGAUCAAAGUUGACGACAGCUCGGUAAACUCCACUCGGCGCAAUGACAGCGACACCGUUCAGGCUCCCGCUGACGAUAUGGAACCCGGUGCAUCCGAUGUAGUACUGGCCCACGAACCCGCCCGUGAACAUCCGUUCUUCCGGCAACUCGUUGAUCUACACGAUGAAAAGUACAAACGCCUGAAUCAGUUCCAUCUGUCGGCCCAUAAUCUGCACACUUCGUUGAUGAACAUGUCGUUGGGUCCUGCACUGAACGAAACCUACCGUUACAAACGGUUUGCCUGCAAUAAAAUUCGUCAAACGAUCAACAUUGCUCACCGGUGCGAUCGGGUCAUUGAUUGUGAGGACGGAUCGGACGAGGUCGGCUGCUCGUGCCGGGACUAUCUGCAGGACAAGUACAACUUUCUGAUCUGCGAUGGCAAGACGGACUGUUGGGAUCUUACCGAUGAAAAGGAUUGCUUUAAAUGCGAACCAGGAAAGUAUCCGUGCAGAAUGAGCCGAAAAUGCAUCGAUAAGAAGCAACUUUGUGACAACCAUCCGGAUUGUCCGUUGCACGAGGACGAACUGGAUUGCCUUGCUCUCACCGACGGCCAUAAGAUUUAUUUCGAUGCCAAUAAUCUUUCGCUGUUCAAGUACGACGGGUUGGUCACGAAAAACAUCAACGGAACUUGGCAGGUUGUUUGCGGUGUGGAAAUGAACAACCAAACAUCGCAGUCGGUAGGAAAGAUAUGUUCAUUCUUGGGAUUCGCAGGGUACACAAAUUUCUCACAACAUCUGCUGGACGCAAGCCGAGACAAUGAGUCCAGCACGGUUCUUCCCGGAACGUUGGCCAAACUGGUGACGUCCCAUCAGAACAUUUCGGCCGAAGCCAAGUGUAAGGCCCUGCACAUCACCUGCGUUCCGUACAUCAACGCAACCGAGCAUGAAAUCAGCCAUUUUGAGAAUCAACACAAAGAGGUUCCGGUCCAGGUCAACAUCAAACCGAUCAACCCGAUCGAGAAACCCCAUCAGCUGCCGCAUAUCACCUUCCACGAGAACGCCCACAUUGAGCUGAUCGAAAACUUCGGUGACGAUUACGAUUGGCCCUGGAAUGUGGACAUUUAUCUGGAGGGGGAAUUCCUGUGCAGUGCCAUAAUCGUCGACAUCAACUGGAUCAUCGUGGAUAGUUCGUACAUGAGGUUGAUCAAUCUCAAGCACGAUUAUCUGUCGAUUGUCGCUGGUGGUGCGAAGUCGUACCUGAAGAUCACGGGACCGUACGAACAGGUGGUCCGAGUGGAUUGCUAUCAUUUCAUUCCGGAAGCCCGAGUGGUGAUGCUACAUUUGGAACGGAAACUCAGCUUCACUCGGCACGUUCUGCCGACCUUCAUUCCCACCAAAGAAAGCAAGAUCGACGACAAUCAGUGUUUGGCAGUUGCUCAGGAUAAACUGGGAAGAACCCGAACUCUUCGGGUUCAUAUCAACAUGACGAAUUGUACUCCGGAAAAACACAUCUGCUAUCAACGGGAUCCGGAGCAUGACUAUUACCAUGCGGACCACUGCUACUCCGAAGCUGCGAUCCGUUCCGGAGUGGUGGUUUGCAAGACCAAACUUUCCGGCUGGUAUCCGGUUGGUUUCUAUCAGCACAAGCGAGGUCUUUGCGGGUUCAAUGAAGUUGUCCGAAUGAUCUCGCUGAAGGAGUACUACGAUGACAUCCAGCAUGUGUUGGGUCAUCACAAGUGCGACUACGACUUCCCGGCACCUCCUUGCGCGGGAAAACGAUGUCGCUAUGGGAAGUGUGUUGAUCAUUCGCUGGUGUGCGAUCGGAAACUGGACUGCAACGAUGGUUCGGAUGAACGUGCCGAUUGGUGUGCGGCGAAGAACGAAACCUCGACCGCCUGCCUGCCCACGCACUUCCGCUGUGAAAAUGGCCGCUGCGUAGACAAACGCAAGUUCUGCGACGGUCGUAACGAUUGCGGAGAUCUGUCGGACGAACCGCACGAAUGUUCUUGCUAUACCUAUAUCAAAGUAACCGAACCGGCUAAAAUUUGCGACGGUAUUCGAAACUGUUGGGAUAAGUCGGAUGAAAAUCCACGACUGUGCAAAUGUCGAAAUGACAGUUUUCGAUGUGGUGACAGCAGCACUUGUAUUCCGCAUGAUUUCGUUUGUGACGGGGAGGUGGAUUGUCCUGGACAGGAAGACGAACGAUUUUGCUAUGCACUGCAACAAAAUCACGCCGAAACCAACUACGGAGAAGUAAUGCAGCAAACCUUCGGAGUGUGGCACUCGAAAUGUUUCGCCAAGAAUGUCAAAUACGACGACCAAACGAUCAUGGAAAUAUGCCAAAGCGUAGGGUACCGUCGAAUUCCGAAGGUCUACGGUCGUAAGAUGCUCCAGGAGUCCCGCCUGCGGACGGCCAACAACACUGGCAACCCGGUCGAUCGAUUGCGCCUGACGGCCACCAAAGCCGUGGUGAUGAACAAGUUCUCCAAGGUGGUCAUCAACGAGAAGCAAUCAUUCUUCAUGAAACCCAGUCGGCCGAUGUUCCGGUUGGUGAACUGGGACGAACAGGACGAACGAAAUUGUGAUCGAUUAGAGAUAAAUUGCGGAAAUUAAGUGUGAAAUAAAUAGAAAC